AGAACAUUUAACACUUGCAUAGUUUAACUUCAGAUCCGGGUUAAGAGGAAGCUGAACUGAACUGAACUGAGCUGAAUUUUUUUUUUGUUUGUUGAGAAUGAGAUAUGGCGGUGGAAGAAGGAGGAGAAUGCUGUUGCAACCGUUUCUCGUUUUGUGUGCGAUGGUGACCGGUGUGGGACUGUUGUUGUUAGCCAUCAGGCCGUUGGAUCCACCUAUCAGGGUGGAUUUCCCGAGGGAUUUUGAGCUCGAUGAUUCCAACAGCUCCGGUUUGGAUGAUGGUGGUGGUGGUGCCGCCGGGGAGAAGCCGUGUGCGACGGUGGAGGAGAUGGGGAGGGAUUUUGAAGCUGGUGUUGUGGGGAUGGAGACAGUGAGAGUGAGGAGAAUCAUUGAGGAUCAUUUCGUUUUGAAUGGUGCUUCAAGAAUCAGGGAUUUGCCUCCUGAUCAGUUCUGUAGUCAUGGAUUUGUGCUAGGGAAGACGGCGGAGGCGGGGUUUGGGAACGAAAUGUACAAGGUCUUAACUGCUGCGGCACUGAGUAUAAUGUUGAACCGGUCCUUGAUCAUUGGCCAAACCAGAGGCAAAUAUCCUUUUGGGGAAUACAUUUCUUAUUCCAACUUUACCUUUACCAUGAAAGAAAUAAAGCAUCUGUGGAGACAAAAUGGCUGUGAAAGCAAAUAUGGGAGGCAACUUGUUAUGAGGACUGAUGAUUUUGAAAAGCCAGCUCAAACAAAUGUUCUCUGCAGCAAUUGGAAGGAGUGGGAGCAACCUAUCAUAUGGUUUCAAGGAACUACUGAUCAUGUGGCGGCUCAAUUUUUCUUAAAGAAUAUACACUCUCAGAUGAGGAUUGCUGCUUUUGAUUUAUUUGGUGACCCAAAAGUUCUAGGAUCUCGGCCAAAUGUAUUUGGGGAGCUCAUGAGGGUUCUCAUAUCCCCUACAAAAGAUGUUGAGGCAGCUGUCAAUUGGGUUAUUGGUGGCGAGGAGAAUCCUGACAUCACUUUGCAUAUGCGGAUGCUUAUGAAUAGGUCCAUAAGAGCUGUACAGGCUGCAUUGCUUUGCAUAAAAAAAGCCAUACAGAGUCAGCACCUAAUGUCAAGACCAAAGGUGGUUGUGGUGUCAGACACUCCUUCUCUUGUUAAAAGUAUCAUUCCCAACAUAAGUGAAUUUGCCGAGGUUCUUCAUUUUGAUUAUGAAAAGUUCAAAGGAAGUAUUUUUGACGGAUUGCCCAAGUCAGAUUUUAGAGUAAAGGAUUGGGGUCCUGCACCCAGAUGGGUUGCUUUUGUAGACUUUUUUCUUGCAUCUCGCGCUAGAUAUGCUGUUAUUUCCGGAGCUCAUCGGCGUGUGGGAACUACAUAUGCUCAAUUGAUUGCUGCACUGGCUGCAGCACGCAAUCUAGGAGACAACUCUUCUUCUGGUUCAAGCUUUUCAUUUUUUAGCAGUUUCCAGAGUAAUUUGUUGACCGACGGUUUGAAGAAUCAAGUUGGUUGGGGCCAUGUGUGGAACCGAUAUGCAGGACCAUUGAGUUGUCCUAACCAGAGCAACCAAUGCGCCUUCACGCCACUUCUCCCUCCUGGCUGGUGGGAUGGCAUUUGGCAGUCUCCUAUUCCGCGCGAUGUUAAUCGUCUCGCUUCCUAUGGCGUCCAACUUUCCAGUAUUGGCACAAUUGAUUUUGAUUCCCUUCAAAAUUACUGUAAUUCUAGGAGAAGUGUUUUGAAAACCAUCCCAUUCAAUUUGUAGCGUUUGAGAUUCACAUUUCAUUGUAUUCUUUCUUGGGUAAUCAUAAUAAUUUAUUAGUAUAGAAUGUUACAUCUUC